AUGCUUUCUGAGCUCCAUGCAGCCUCCCUGGGCACGCCCCCCAGCCAGACCUCCCGAUCAGCUCAGCGCCGGGAGAAGCUGACCUUUCUACAUAAUCUGUACCAGCAUUUGGUAGCGGGCUGUGUGUUAAUAAAACAACCAGAGGGCUUGCUGGGAAAAUUCUCCUGGCCAGAGCUGUGUACAGUCCUGCAGGAGCACGUUGAUGCCUUGACAUCUGACCUCCACAGAGCUAAUGAGAGGAUAUCCCAUCUAGAGUAUGUUUGUAAGAACAAAGAUGAUGCAGUGAACGGGCUGCAGCAGACCCAGGAAAACAUGUUCUGUAAACUGGCAGAGCAAGUGAAAGAGCGUGAAGCUGGCUGGCAGAAGCAGAAGAAAGACUUGGAGCAGCAUUAUUCUGCUUUGAUUGGGGAAGUUCAUGCCAGAGCGCAGAACUGUCAAGGAGUAGCUGAUAAAGCCAAAGAGAAAGUGGCUAGUCUAGAGAAGAUCAAGGAUCAGAUGGCACUUGAACUCUUGCAUCUCAAGCAGGUGUUACCUGGAACCCAAAGAGAGAAUGCUGCACUCCUGUCCGCCUGCGCUUUGAUGGCGGGGGCCCUUUACCCCCUUUACUGUAACCUGUGUGCUAUAUCUAGUCAAAAGGACAUGCUGCUGGAGCAGGUCAAUGCCACCUUGGCUUUUAAAAAUCAGAUCGAGACUCUGGUCCUUGCGUUAUCCUCGGAGGACAAAAAAGAGGAGAAGCAGGGAGUCAACGUUCCGAAACUGCAGUCUAAAGGACUAAUUAAAGUAUUUCGGAAAGGUGUCAUAGCUGUGAUUGCAGCCAGACGCUUCCGGAUGUUAGGAAAGGCUUCAAGAUAUCUCUUCUCAUGGGCAGAUGGCUUCCAGGAACUCCCAGGCCUGACGGUCUACAUGGGUCAACAAUCAAAAAGUAAAAACAAAGAAAAGAAACGUGGCGUUCAAGCCCUGAAGUGGUUUACAAGUUCUGAUCUUCUGGCUAUAGUGGUCAGCUCGAUGAUGGAAUUACAAGACACCAUAUCUAAAACAGAUCCCAGUGCUCCAUCUGCAAGCCGUAUAUUGGUAAGCGCUGCUCAGAACUCCUUUUCUAAGCUCAUGGAUCGGCUGAGGGUUGAAAUGGAUAAUGGCUCUGGGGAAUCUGUCAAACCCAUUAGAUAUGGAGAGAAGGGAACCCUGGUGAGGAGGCUGGGAUAUGGACUGCACAAAUUGAAUUCAAGGAUGCUUAAAGCAGGAAUGCCUGCCACGGUACCCAUGAAGCAAACUGUGUCCAUCUUGCAAUGUCACAUUCUUGAGUUUACGCAACGCCUGCAUGCUGCUGAAGUGGAACGUCGCAAUUUACGUAUGGAACUCUCACAGUUUAAGCGCAGCAUGAAUGAAAUGAGAAAGGAGGCUGACAAAGCACUUGGGCUGAAAGAAAAACUGAAAGAGUUUAAACAAGCUGCAAUGGUCCCUUUAGAGCGGUUUGAAAAUGUGUGCCAAGAACUGAACAAUGCCCUACUAAGAGAGCAGCAGGCCCAAAUGCUGCUCCAUGAACAGGCACAGCAGCUGCAAGAGCUGGGUCUCAGGCUGGAGCAGCAUUCUGGCGAGGAAGCUGAGAAGGACCAGACUCUUACUGAGGCUGUGAAGAGUCUCUCCGAGGCAAAGAUGGAGCUGAGAAGAAAAGAUCAAUCUCUGCGUCAGCUCGGCAAACAUCUUUCCCAGCUGGAGCUGGACAAGCGUCGACUGGAGGAGAGCAUCCGUGAUGCAGAGAGCGCCCUCUGCAUGGCAGCCAAGAGUAAAGAUUUCAUUGCUGGCUACAUGAAUUCAGUAGAAGUCAGUGUUAAGGAGGUCAGCCAACGGCUCUCACUGUCAUGGACUGCAGCCGCCAAGAAUGACUUCACCCUGCAGGUGCCAAAGUACCUGGAGACCUUUGGAGCAGAAGGGCUGAAGGGUGGGCCGGAAGUUGUAGCUUGUCAGAAUUUUAUUACAAGCUUCAUGGACCUGUACCAGCUGGCAUGCUCAAAGAUAUCUACACUCCAAACUGAAUUGUCUUCACACCAGCAGCACAUUGCAGCCCUGAAAGCUGAACUGCAGACCGCAUGUCUGCGUGACAACGAGGAGUUUCUUUCAUCUGAGAAGUUUCCCAAUCAAAACUUCACCACACUGCAGCCGGAGAUAGACGCCUCAUACAGCUUGCUGAGAGAGACAGUAGGAAGCAGCAGACGCAUCAACCAGGACUCUUCUUCUGCUGUAACGAAAUAUACAUCCAAAAGGGUCCAGAAAUCCUUUAAAUGAGAGCUGCAUUAAAAUAAAGUGCAGCGAGCUACUGUGGGAAUGCUAUUAAAAUGAAUGCUGAAAUGAUUUAUUGUUUUGUAGCCUUUUAUUUUCCUAUCUGUUCAUUAGUAAUGUAUAUUUGUAAUUUAUUUUGAUUCUAUUUGUCUAUUACUUAUGAAUGAAAAGUCAUCAGGGGCCUUGAACAGACAAUGCAAAAAAAUGUCUUUGCGUUUUGUAAAAUAUGGAUUUAUGUUUGAUGCUUAUUAUGCAUUUCCAAUUGUUAAAGUGACACAUUUUAGGUAAUUUUCCACAGACAAAAAAAAAAAAAAAUCAAUAAGCCAUUUUAGUCUCUAUCUAUCAAAGUUGUUUCAUACUUGUCUGUUUUAAAGCGGAAAUGCGGCACUUUAAUAGGAUCUUGCAAGCUAUUUGAAAUGUAUGCCAACGAUUCCUGUCAUUUCAUGGCAGCCCUGCCAUGGUUCACUGAACCCCCACUUUUCUCUUGUCAGCUCAGCUGAAGACAAGCAUUUAGUUGCAAACUUGCAAACAGAAAUGAUGUGACUGCUACCCCUUCUGCACCAUAAUGUCACUCCUGGUCAAUGUGAGAAGGUUAGGUUACUUCUUGUAAAGCUACAUGCUAACACAUGCACAUCUGAAUGUGUUAACUGCUGGCUGUGGUCUCAGAAGGCUCCUAAAACCUGUUUUUUUUUAUUAGUGUAUAUUUGAUAAGGGAGAACCAGGGGUUGCAAAGGAUUCAGAUGACAUGUUUAUUAACUUAACAAGAACUGUUCCCAUUCCGGCACUGCAACUAAAACCUCUGACUUUUAUUUUUAUUUAAUUCUCCAUGAAAAUGCUGCUUUGACCUUCGAAGACAGUCUCCCAUUCUCACUGGUACCCCAAGGGUGACGCCCAUGUUUGACAGCGCAUGAAUCAAGGCCAUUGCCCUGCAUUUUCUGCCUUGUAGCACACAAAAGUAAAAUCACAUGUCAGGCCAAGAUGUCGGGGAGCUGACAAGAUGCCCCAGUGACAUUUCAGCUUGAAAGAGCAAGUGUCUUGCAACCAAGUGGUCAAAUAUCAAAUAAUAGGUCAAGCAGGAAGGAUUUGAGUGCUAACCAAAAGGCAGUUUCUGGCAACUUACUUGACAAGUGCUGGGGUGCUCUGUGACUUAAAGUGAAGUUCUGUAGAGUAUUGUUAGACAGUCUGUUCUGUACUGCCUUCAAAAGAUCAGGCAUUGACAUAGAUUAAUCUCUUUAACCCCUUGAGCAUGGAGAUGGGUUCACAAUAUGCUACCAGCAGUGUGUUUCUGAUGUUUGUGGUACAAAGAUAUUCCACAGCUCAUUAGAAUAUCUGACCCCAUCAUCCUACAGUCAUAGUUUAUUCAGCACAGUAAGUUAUUUUACUGUAAAACAUAGAUGGUUUUGCCCCCUUGAUAGGAUUGAAUACUUAAAACCUUUCCCAACCAGGACCUUUUUUGUAUCAUGAAGAACAGGAAAAAAUAAGGUAAUGGGUUUGCUGCUACACUAAGUAAGACAAAAUUAGAUUUUUCUUUUUUAUGAAGAACAUUUAAUUGUACAGUAAGUGAAAGUAAUAUUUGUAUUUAU